AUGCCAGAAUCUAAUUCAAAUCAAGCCACACCGACAAAAAGAGAUCUCAUUAAAUUAAAACCGCCAUCGACUCCAAUCUUAUUACCAGGUGAUAAAAGUAGAGGACUUCAACCUGUUACAUAUCAUCCAAUACACGGUCAUCUUCAAUCUGCACCUACCAUCUCACUUAAACAACAAAGAGUUUUGGAAGAAGAUGAAUAUAUCGAAGCACUUUCAUCUAUCAUCAAACGCGAUUUCUUUCCGUCAUUGGAUCAAUUUGAUAAAGAACGUCAAAAAUGGCAAGAUGAACGUCGUCGAAAACUUACACUUUUACAAUCUACUAAUUCAACUUCAAUGGAUCUUACUGACCGUCAAAUCAAUCAUGUCAAAGGGAUGAGUUGGUCAAAUACUAAUCCUAUCAGAUCACAUCGCUGGGAAGACGACGGUCCAACACCAAGACCCGGUCCAUCAUCUGGUAUACCGGGAAUGACUCCUUUGGGAACUCAAUGUGGAGACACUCCUAUCGCGACUCCAAUCUCUUACUCUGCUCAUCAACAAACCCCAUUAAAACCCAAGAAUUAUGAUUCAAAUCUUUCACUCGAUGACUUUUGUGCACGUUACACUUCAGAAGAUAAUUCAUCUUUUUCAGAAAUCCUCAAUAAUGCUAAUCAACUUAAACGACUUAAAUAUACAUGGGCAUUCGAAUCAUCUAAUAAACAAAACGCUAAACUCCUUGAAGCUACCUUGAAACGAGAACACUUGAUUGAAAUGAUUUCGAAAAUGACUGAAGGUGGAAAAGGCGUAGGAUUGAUUGAGGGUAUGAGUGGUAGACCUGGUGAAAGGAAAAUGAUUGAAAAUGUUAUCACUAAGGAUGAGCGACUUGCUAUUGAAGCUGAAGAUCGAGAUUCAACCAAGCUAAUCCUCGAUACACCAAAUUCGGCACCAAAUUCUCCUUCUGACCAGCAAAUCACUAGCACUGAUCCUGAUCAUGAAUCUCGUCAAUCCAAGGGAAAAGGGAGAGCAGUCACUGCCAUCGAUUUAGCAGUUGCACCUAAUGCUCAACCAGUCAAGAAUCCGAACGCUUGGCCGCAUGUCACUCGCAACGCCCUCAUGUUUGCGCCUGACGCAAACAUCUCGUCUCAUCAAUCUAUGCCACCACCUCCCUUUCCAGCCGCACCGACAGUUUCACUAGGUGGGCCCAAAGGUAUCAACUAUGCCAACACACGUAUGUCAAACGAUAAUUUGAUAGAAGACGCUCUGAAGCAAGCGAAAUCCUCGAGUCGUAUGAGCAUGACUACUCUCAGUCCUACUCGAAGUCAUAUCGCUGCUGCAAUCAAUGGUACACCAUAUCCAGCUCCUGAAUCAAUGUCACCUCGGGUCAAUGGUUUUGGAUUUGUAUCUUCAAUGCCAACACCAAAUGCGAAUAAAUUGAAAGAAUCCAAUCAACUGGACGAACUAAUGACAUGGGGUGAAAUUAUGUCAACACCAAUCUCAUUAAAUCCACAAGAAGAAGAACUAAGAGAAGAAGGACCAUUCAAAAUUCCAAAGACCCCUAGACGUGAAGAAUUAGCUAUGGGUAUGGCAAGACAAGCAAGUAAAAGUCUACGAGAAAAGUUUGGUAACGGAUUAGGUGGUACACAUAUAAGUCAAUUAAGGAAAACGGUUUUGAAAGAUCAAAGUCGUGAAAGAUUGAGAUCUAGUAAAUCUCAACAUGAAGUCAAUUCAACGUCUAAAAUCGGAGGAUGGAAACCUAAAAGAGAAGAGAUUUUAAGUCCAGCUGGAAAACGAUUAUUAAAGAAAACUGAAUUUAAUUCGAUCCAUUCAAAUCAAUCUCCUCUAAAUUCCAAUCAUCUUCAUUCUAAAUCAACUUCUAAUCAACAUUUCACACCUAAGAGAGAUCUUAAUCAAAUUAAAUUAGAUCAAGAAUCAAUGAAUCGAAUCAAAAAAGCUAAAUGGGAAUCUUGA